AUGGUGAACAUUACAGAAAAGAUCAAGGAGAUUGAGCAGGAGAUGGCGAGGACGCAGAAAUACCAUCUCGGUCUUCUAAAAGGCAAACUUGCCCGUCUACGCGCCCAGCUCCUCGAGCCCGCCCCAGGUGCUGGCUCGGGCGGCGGUUCCGGCUUCGACGUCUCCAAGAGUGGCGACGCUCGUAUAGCCCUUGUCGGCUUCCCCUCCGUCGGAAAAUCCACCUUCCUCUCCAAGAUCACAAAGACAAAAUCCGAAGUCGCAGCAUAUUCCUUCACCACCUUGACCGCCAUACCCGGCGUGUUGGAGUACGGCGGCGCAGAAAUUCAGAUCCUCGACCUUCCCGGUAUCAUUGAAGGUGCAGCCGAGGGAAAGGGAAGAGGAAGACAGGUUAUCUCGGCCGCGAAGACGAGCGAUAUGAUUCUCAUGGUGCUGGAUGCGACGAAGAAGGCUGAGCAGAGGAGACUCCUUGAGGCGGAAUUAGAAGCCGUAGGCAUACGGCUGAAUCGUGAACCACCCAACAUCUACCUCAAGCCCAAAAAGGCCGGCGGCAUGAAAAUCACCUUCCAGUCUCCCCCCAAAAAUCUAGAUGAGAAAAUGGUCUUCAACAUCCUGCGCGACUACAAGAUCCUAAACUGCGACGUCCUGGUCCGCGACGAAAAUGCCACCGUCGACGACUUCAUCGACACUAUCAUGGCCCCGCAUCGCAAGUACAUAAAGUGUUUGUACACGUAUAACAAAGUCGAUGCUAUCUCGCUGCAGCACUUGAGGGAGCUGGCGAGAGAGCCGCAUACGGUUGUCAUGAGCUGUGAGCUGGAUCUCGGUAUUCAGGAUGUCGUCGAGCGGUGCUGGCAGGAGCUGCAGCUCAUGCGCAUCUACACUAAGCGUCAAGGCGUGGACCCCGACUUCAGCGAAGCAUUGAUCGUGCGAACGGGCAGCACGAUUGAGGAUGUGUGCGACCAGAUCCAUCGGACGCUCAAGGAGACGUUCAAGUACGCGAUGGUGUGGGGUGCGAGUGCGAAACAUGUGCCACAGAGGGUCGGGCUGGGACACGCCGUUGCGGAUGAGGAUGUCGUGAGUAUUGUUUCGAGUUAUAGAGCGUAA